AUGUCAGAAGUAGUAAAAGAUACCAAAAUUAAGCUUGAUGAUCCACGAUAUGAUCAGAAUACAUAUUCUGGCCGAGCUAAACAUUUUUUUCUUACAACAAAUCCAUUAAAUCUCUUGGCUAGUAAUGAACAAUUGGAUGAAGCUAAGAAAAUUGUUGAAGAUUAUCGUCAUGGUAUUAUAUCUAAAUCUGGCAUGACUUUGGAUGAAUUAUGGCAUGCAAAAUAUUUAUAUGAUAGUGCAUUUCAUCCUGACACAAAAGAAAAAAUGUUUAUUCUUGGUCGAAUGUCAGCACAAGUACCAUGUAACAUGUUGAUUACUGGUUUUAUGUUGACAUUCUAUAAAACAAUACCUGCUAUUGUUUUUUGGCAAUUUGUCAAUCAAUCUUUUAACAGUAUUGUUAAUUAUACGAAUCGAAGUGGUGAUAAACCAAUAACAAAUACUGAUUUAAUGAAAAGUUACGCUGUUGCAACAUCCGCUGCAACAGCUACCGCACUUGCUCUUAAAGCUGCUGUAUCAAAAUUACCACCAAUCAUGGGUCGAUUUGUACCAUUUGCAGCUGUAGCCGGUGCUAAUUGUGUUAAUUUACCAUUUAUGCGAUGGAAUGAAAUUCGAGAUGGUAUCGCUGUAUUUGAUAAAGAUGGUAAACGUGUUGGAGAAUCAUCUGAAGCAGCAAAGAACGCUAUUGCCCAAGUAGUUCUAUCACGUAUUGGCAUGGCUGUUCCAGGUAUGAUCAUUCCACCGAUUAUAAUGAAUUCACUUGAAAAAAAACCAUUUAUGGUUAAACGUCCAUGGCUCAAUAGUCCUAUCCAAAUUGCCUUAUGUGGUGUCUUUUUAACAUUUACAACACCAAUGUGUUGUGCUUUAUUUCCACAAAAAAGUUCAAUACCUGUGGCUAAAUUAGAUGCUAAACUUCGAGAAAAAUUAUUACAUGAUGGAAUGAAAGAAACCGAUCGAGUUUAUUUUAAUAAAGGUCUUUAA